UUCCGAUGAUGAAAGACAAAAGAAAAAACAUCGACGAAAUCGAACAACAUUUACAACAUUUCAACUUCAUGAAUUAGAACGAGCAUUUGAAAAAUCUCAUUAUCCGGAUGUCUAUAGUAGAGAAGAAUUGGCAAUGAAAAUUAAUUUACCAGAAGUACGAGUUCAGGUGUGGUUUCAAAAUCGUCGUGCUAAAUGGCGUCGUCAAGAAAAAGCUGAACAAAAUCAAUUAAAAAUUAAUCCCGAUUUUCCAUUAGCAAGUUUACGAGCAUCAACAAGUAAUAAUAUUGUAAAUACCACCUUGCCAAUGGAUCCAUGGAUGGCUGCAUCAACAUUUACUACUGCCGGUCCAUCUUCACUUCACACAUUACCAAGUUUUAUUAACUCCGCUUAUUUUCCGGUGAAUAAUAAUUCAAAUUGUUAUUCAAAUAACAAUAACAAUGACUGUACAUCAAUAACAACAACACUAUCUUCACAACAACAACAACAAGAAAGAUCAAUUUCACCGUUAUAUACAAAUAAUAACGGAAGCGGUUAUAGAAAUUCCAGUUCAUCGUCAAAUUCUCCAUUAGAUGAAAACGGAAAUGAUCGUACAGAUUCCAUUGCACAUUUGAGAAUAAAAGCUCGAGAAUAUAUGAAUCAAAUAAUUGGAAAAAAUUGGCAAGGAGUCUAA